GCUUCUCUACUCGGCACGGGCACCUGACGCGGCGCGGCUGCCCCCCGAACCCGGGCUGUUCUGCCGUCCGAUCGGCCCGCCCGCGCCGACCACCGCGUCGGCCGCCGCGCGCCUCCUCUCCUCGCCGAGAUCACCUGCCCGAAAAAAAAGAGGGGGGCCAUUUCGUCUUGGUAGGAUCGCAACCUGCCCGCUCGUACUCGCUCGCCCCCCAGCCGCCUUCCUCCCCCUUCCUCCGUUGUCUCCCCGGUUUCCCCGAUUCCUUCGCCGGCUCGUUUUUUUUCCUGGCAAUUCGCUGCGCGGGCAAUCGCAGCCGGCUCCUGGGGGCAGCAGCUACAGGCCAGGCUUCUCUUCGAGGACAGGCCUCGCCCGCCGCCUCCCGGCCCCUCUCCGCGGGCGCCGUGGAGCGGAGAUCCAUCCGGACGUGGAUCGGUCUCGCCUCCUGAUAACAGCUAUUGUUCCACUGCCACUUUGAGCAAUAUGGGUUGGCUGACGAAGUUUUUUAGAGGUUCAACCCACAAUAUCUCGGAAGGUCAGUAUCACAGCAGGCCUGCAGAAGAGACAGCAUGGAAUGAACCCUCGAGCUCUCCUGUUGUUACUGACUUCCUUUCAGAUUUUAACAAUGAGGAUAUUGACCGUGCUAUAGCGCUCUCUCUAUCAGAAGAAGAAAAAAGAAAGGCAAAGGCAAUAGACAAGGAUAUGCAUUUGGAGGAAGAUGAGCUACUUGCAAGAGCUAUCCAGGAAAGUUUGAAUGUUGAAUCACCACCUCGCAGAAAUGGCAGUGCCAAUGGAGGCAAUACAUAUCAUCUGCCUCGUGAACCUGGCAUCACCAAUGGUGGCAAUACAUAUCAACCACCUCGCGAAAAUGGCACUGCCAAUGGUGGCAAUGCAUAUCAACCAUUACCAUUUAUGUUCUCAUCUGGAUUCAGGGCAUGCGCAGGAUGUCACCGAGAGAUUGGUCACGGUCGUUUUCUCAGUUGCAUGGGUGCUGUUUGGCAUCCAGAAUGUUUUCGUUGCCAUGCCUGCAGUCAACCGAUAUAUGACUAUGAGUUCUCCAUGUCGGGGAAUCAUCCGUACCAUAAAACUUGCUACAAAGAGCAGUUUCACCCCAAAUGUGAUGUCUGCAAACAAUUUAUUCCUACAAAUAUGAAUGGCCUUAUUGAAUAUAGGGCACAUCCUUUCUGGCUACAAAAAUACUGCCCUUCACAUGAAGUGGAUGGUACUCCAAGGUGCUGUAGUUGUGAAAGAAUGGAGCCAAGGGAAUCAAAAUAUGUAUUGCUGGAUGAUGGUCGUAAGCUCUGCCUGGAGUGCCUUGAUUCUGCAGUAAUGGAUACAAGCGAGUGUCAACCUCUGUAUCUUGAAAUCCAGGAAUUUUAUGAAGGUCUGAAUAUGAAAGUGGAACAGCAGGUUCCUCUGCUUCUGGUAGAGAGACAGGCUUUAAAUGAAGCCAUGGAAGGAGAGAAGGCUGGUCACCAUCAUCUUCCAGAAACAAGAGGACUGUGCUUAUCUGAAGAACAGACUGUUAGCACGAUACUGAGGAGACCAAGAAUGGCUGGAAACAAAAUCAUGGAAAUGAUAACAGAGCCAUAUAGGCUGACAAGGCGAUGUGAAGUGACUGCAAUUCUCAUUCUGUAUGGUCUUCCAAGGUUGUUGACGGGUUCCAUUUUAGCUCAUGAGAUGAUGCAUGCAUGGUUGCGACUUAGAGGAUACCGGACAUUGAGUCCAGACGUAGAAGAGGGCAUCUGCCAAGUCCUUGCUCACAUGUGGAUAGAGUCAGAGAUUAUGGCAGGAUCAGGCAGCAGUGCUGCAUCAUCGUCCUCAGGUUCUUCAACGUCCAGAUCAUCGAAGAAGGGGGGACGGUCUCAGUUUGAGCGGAAGCUUGGGGAUUUUUUCAAGCAUCAGAUUGAGACGGACACAUCCAUGGCCUACGGAGAGGGUUUCAGAGCCGGGAACCGGGCCGUCAUGCAGUACGGCCUGAAGCGCACCCUCGAGCAUAUCCGGCUGACAGGGACCUUCCCAUUUUGAAACGGCAUGGAUGGAUUCACAUUUUGGCGAGAAGCUUACAUCACAUACAUGAUUGUCAUUUGGAGUUCCUUUACAGCCAAAGAAAUCAACUGUACAAACAUUCUUUCCGGAAUCCAGAUACAUCUUGGAAGGGCUAACUGAAGCAUUGGAUGAGUCGUGAUGGCCAGCCUGACCAAUCAUUUUGUAUUGUAUUGUAACCAAACUGUGGAACGAAAACAAUGGUAUAUCUGUUACAUGGUGUGAAUUUCAAUAAGAAAAAAAUAGUUCCGAACA